UUGUGCGUGCGAGUGCUUUUUGUAUGCGUGCGUAUGUAUUGCGUAAGGUCGCUAGAGUUUUACUCGCAAUAAAACUCUUCAAAUUUGAUGCAGCGAGUGUUCCCGCCUGAAAGCCGAGUUUGGUUUUAAGCCACCCUGGACAACUGGUGUAUGAGGCGCCGUUUCUCGGGAGGACCAGUGGGAACUUGUCAGGUCAUGCAGAUGAUAGCAGCAGUUUCACAAUGCCCAGCCUUGGUACCCUCCAUCAAGAGCAAGCCACUUGUGUUCGCCUUCAGACAGAUGAAUGAUGUCUUCUUUAAAGCAGUUGGGAAGACAACCAUGUAAGUAGAUAUAGGUGUGUAGUGUAGUAUAAUAAGUCAAGUUAUAAUUUAAAACUCUGAGGCUCCUUGGCCGCCUAAGCUUGAUAUCAUGUGCAGUUGUGUGUGGUUGUAAAUAUUGUCACGUGGUGGUUUGAAGUUUGAAUUUUAUUACAAUUUUGACAAUACAAGAUUGUCAUGGCGCCGGAGCAAAAGGCGAGACUAUACACGCCUGACUAGGCCCCUGGCGCCACGAGCACAGCAGACAACAGUGCAAAAAAAUGUAUACAUAUAUACACAUAAUACACACAUAUACAUACUUGUAUAUACGAAUGAUACAAUUAUACAUACAAUAAAUCAAUGCAACACAAUAAGUAUAAAUAAUGAAAAUGAAGAAAUAAAGUACCUACAGAAAGAUACAGGAAGGCCAAAAGCCAAAUGGGAACAAAAAGUCUUGCAACGCAUGAAAUUGCAUAUCAGUCGAAAAACAAAAUAAGUUACAACAAACAGGUGUCAAUUGUUCGAAAAGUACAGUUUUGAUUUCUUUCUGAAUAUUGAAAUGGUUGAGGAAUCUUGCAUGAUAUCAAAUAAAGCAUGCUCAUCAUUAAGUAAAUUAGGAAUCUGCCACUGUAAAAGCUGAUUGCCGUAGUUUGUUCUAGUUUUUACCUUAAUAAAGUUCCUAGCUGUUAAGGUGUAGUUAGUUGUGGUAUUAGUAUAUAUAGCAAAAAAGUUCUCACGAUUACUUAUGAAUUCUAAAAAUGCUUUUUCGGAUAACUUUUGUUUAUAUAGACCAGUGACACUCAAAAUACUGUCCUGGUGAAAGUACUCAGAGGUAUGUUCGUACAUCGAUAGGUUAUGAAUAAUACGAACACACUUUUUCUGCAUUCAGAAUAGAGUUUCCAAGUUAGCCUUAGAAGUGAUGCCCCAGAUAAGUAGACAAUAGUGGAAUCUAGAAUGAAUAGUAGAAAAGUAUAACUGACGUUUAAGUUUUAAAGGUAACAGCGCGCGAUGCUUAUUGAGCAUACCAAUUAAUUGCUUUGCUACGUUUAAUGUAACUUACGUGAUGCGUCCACCGUAGAUUUUCAUGGAAGAGUACACCAAAGAACUUGUACUGGGAAACCCUUUCAAGUGGUUGCGAUUGAAAUAUUAAAAAAGAUGCGAACUUAACUGGCUUGUUAAUAGGAGUAAAAACAAUAUACUUUGUUUUUUUAACAUUUAGGCUCAACUGAUUAGCCGAUAACCACACUGAAAGGGAAUUUAACCUUGAAUAACGUUGAAUAACACAGUAGCAAUACUGUGAACGACAAAACUAACUUUUAUUGGGCGAACCUGUGCCCACAAAACAGGCUACACUUAUAGCACAACGAUAGCGGCGAACACGCUCGGCGAUCGUCGAAAAUCUUGGGCGCGAUCGGAGAUAUUUUGUUCGAUACGCGUUCUGUUCAGUUGCUGCAACGUCACGAAUUGGCAGUAUGCAAAAUUUGUGACAAGGGGACGGAGAGAGCAGCCAAUCAGCAAGCGGUGAACUCCCCGGACGUUGCGUUGCCUCGUCUGUCGUCUGCUUGGGGACCAUAUACUAUAAACCGAAAUGGUUUUCGCUUUCUAAUAAAUCAAAUGUCUGUAUGAAAAAAAUGUAUUUUUUAUUCUCAAGCUUAAACACGUUCUCAAAUAGUAAUGUGUACGACUAUUACAAUGUAUUAGAAUCAGUUUUUCUGGAAGGUCGCUAGGUGGUGUUGCGCACGGCGCGAGAAAAAAAAAAAAACGCGGUCUACUCGGCGGACUUUUCAAAAUGUCGCACCGAAACGUGCCGCUCGGCCCCCGGGUUUCGGCGCGCCAGAGGGAGCUCCUCCUGUCUGUUGUGGAGGAGCACGCCGCCCUCGUGGCGCCGUCGUACCCACUGGGGCCAUCGCUCACAAAGGCCGACAAGGAGGCGCUGUGGGCCCAGCUGAAGGCGCUGCUGGAUGCCGAAGGCCCUGCACGCAAGACCGUGCAGCAAUGGCAGGCCUUCUGGCGGAAGCAGCGGUUCUACGCGGACCAGGCGCUGGCCCUUGUCAGGCAGCAGCAAAGGGGAACCGGAGGCGGUCAGCUCGGUGGAUUCCACGGCCGCAUCCUGCAGCUAACCGGAACCACGCGGGUGGAUGGUGGGCGAGCUGCUGUGUACGGGCGGUCGGAAGCGUUGGUCCCCCUAGAUGAGAGCCUGCAGGCGCGAGCUCUCGCUGGGGACAUCCGGCGCCCUCAGCCCAUGCAGCCAUUGCCCGCCCAGCCUACAGUUUCGUUUGGCGAGACGCCCGGCACCAGUGGCUUGCAGAGCGUUGCACGUGGUGCCGGUGGUGUGGCCGAGCAGGAUGCGGCCCAGGAGUGCCUGAGUGCUCCAUCUCAACCACAACGCCAAAGGCGCCGCCGAGUGCCGCCGGCGGGUGCCCAUGAGGCCCUCCCUCGCCUAGUGGAACUGCACACCCGGAGCAGUGAGCAGCAGCAGCAAACCAACACGCUGAUUGCGGAGCUCCGGGAUGCGGCCACCCGCCAGGCUGUGGCCCUCGAACAGCUGGCAACUGAGGCCAGGCUCCACAGGGAGGCUGCAGACAGGCAGUCUUCAGCCCUGGAGGCCAUCCUGCAUCAACAGGGCCAGGCUUUGCAGGAGCUGCGCAGCGGCACUGCAGCGGCCUGCACAAUAAUUUAAAAUUUUGCUAUAUCUCUUCAUCUGCAGCAAAGGCUGUUG